AUGAAGAGGCGAGUUGGAAAACUUGUAGGAGAAAAGGGGGAAGGAGAGAAACUUUGAUGCAUGACCAAUCAGAGAGCAGGUACACACCCCCUCAGGCACCGCGUCCCUCCUUCUUCUUCUGCCCCGACCCCACCUCCUUUUUUCUGUGCUGAGAGAGCAUGCGGAUAGUUGCCUGAGUCUGUGGUGGAGUGUGAGAGGCCCAGAGAGCCGGCGAGAGGGAAGCUGAGAUCAGUGAAAGCAGUCAAGUAAAAUAGGCAGGCAGGGAAGUGAUCUAGGAGCAGAGAGGGUGAAAGAAGUUUGGGUUGUAGAGCAGAAAGAAGGAAAGAAAGAAGGAUUCAUCCAGGAGCUUUGGUUUGGAAGAGAAAGUACAGGCAGUCAGGGGGCAGCAAGAGGCAGAAAGACAGGGAACACCUGGACCGAGCAGAGCAUUGAGUUACUCAGUCACAGGAAGCUUUUCUCACUUUUUACAGCCACUUUCAGCUGCAGAACAAAAGGCUGUAGCAGUUGUGUUUGCUGUGAUUUGAGAGCAGCAUGUUUGACUGUAUGGAGGCUCUGGGGCUGGCCCCGCGGCCCCUCUUUGAUGUGUCUGGACAAGGCUCCUGCAUGCUCAGCAAGGCCGCCCCUUACUUCUCCGGCCUGGACCCCUUCGCCUGGGCCGGGACCAGCAGCAUUCAGUCGGUUGAGACCCAGAGCACCAGCUCAGAGGAGAUGGUGCCCAGCUCUCCUUCUCCUCCUCCUCCUCCUCGCGUCUACAAGCCGUGCUUUGUGUGCCAGGACAAGUCAUCUGGUUAUCACUAUGGAGUGAGCUCCUGUGAGGGCUGCAAGGGUUUCUUUCGGCGCAGCAUCCAAAAGAACAUGGUGUAUACCUGCCACCGAGAUAAGAACUGUCAGAUUAACAAAGUUACCCGAAACCGCUGUCAGUACUGUCGGCUGCAGAAGUGCUUUGAGGUUGGCAUGUCCAAAGAAGCGGUGCGUAACGACAGGAACAAAAAGAAGAAGGAUGUGAAGGAGGAGGUGGUGCUGCCAGAGAACUACGAGCUGACUGGAGAACUGGAGGAGCUGGUGAAGAAAGUCAGCAAAGCUCACCAAGAGACCUUUCCAUCUCUGUGCCAAUUAGGAAAAUACACCACAAAUUCAAGUGCUGACCACAGAGUACAGCUGGACUUGGGCCUGUGGGAUAAGUUCAGUGAGCUGUCCACUAAGUGCAUUAUAAAGAUUGUGGAGUUUGCCAAGCGGCUACCAGGCUUCACUACGCUCACCAUCGCUGACCAGAUCACCCUCCUCAAAUCUGCAUGUCUGGACAUCCUGAUGCUGAGGAUAUGCACUCGCUACACCCCAGAACAGGACACAAUGACUUUCUCAGAUGGCCUGACUCUCAACAGGACCCAGAUGCAUAACGCUGGCUUUGGCCCACUCACAGACCUGGUGUUUGCCUUUGCUGGUCAGCUGCUGCCUUUGGAGAUGGACGACACAGAGACUGGCCUGCUCAGUGCGAUCUGCCUAAUCUGCGGAGACCGUAUGGAUCUGGAGGAGCCACAAAAGGUAGACAAGCUGCAGGAGCCGCUGCUAGAGGCUCUGAAGAUCUACACCCGCCGCAGACGCCCAAACAAGCCUCACAUGUUUCCCCGCAUGCUGAUGAAAGUCACAGACCUCCGAGGAAUCAGCACCAAAGGUGCAGAAAGAGCCAUCACACUGAAGACGGAGAUCCCUGGCCCCAUGCCGCCACUGAUCAGGGAGAUGCUGGAGAACCCCGAGGCCUUUGAGGACAGCAGUGACUCAGGGGACAGCGCUGCAGCUGCUCCGCCUGCCAUUCAAGCCAUCAAGCAAGAGGAGAAGGCCACUGAUGAGUCAGCCGUUGAGGAGGAAGAGGAGGAGGAAGAGGAGGACUAUUGGGAUGAGGAGAAAGAGCGAGGGGCGGACAGUGACGGGGAGCUGUCAGGGGAGGCGGCAGCGGGCGUGCAAAAGAAAGGUGUGACUGGGAAAACACAGUGAGAGAGACACGAUGAUGCUGCUUCCUCCUUCAGAUCACUGAGCCCUCACUCAGCAAUAUCUCCUCCCAGAAACCUCAGAAUUAGGCUCUUAUACAACAACGGUGUUGCAUCCAGCACAUAAUUACAUAUACUGCACAUGUUGACUGAAAGGAAAAUAUGUUAAAUUCAGUAUACUGUAGGAAGCAAUGAGUGGGAAAAGCACUAAAAGUCAGUGGGUUUGAGAAGAGCACCAUGAAAAAUCACUGUGCCAAAAUGACUGUCAAAGAUAUUUCAAAGUGUUUUAUCCACCUAAAGAGGAAUGAGAGGUGGUGGACAGAAGAAAAUGCACUCCUCAGCUAUCUAUAAGGGCUAUGCUUUGUAUAAAAUCGAUGGUUAAAAAAAACAUUGCAACAACAGAACUCUAUGUGGUGUCCAUUUGCCGCAAAUGUCUUCUCAGAAUUCCUUUUAUUACUAUUCAGAGAUAUGCAACUUAUUUUUUUAUUGUAUGGUUUUUCUAAGCAUGUACACAUUUCUGUUCUGUCUUUAUGCCUAUUUGUGGGACUCCGUGUUGCUUUUUUUGGUAUAUUUUUCACUCAGUCCUGCUCACAUAUGAACAGACGUGAUUUUUAAAAAUCUUGUUUUUAAUUUUAUGCAUUUCUGCAUUACUAGACACAGUGAAAAGCAAUAGCAAAGAUAGGAAAGAGAGCAAUAGCAAAGAGAGAGCAGGUCAUGAGCAGGACUCAAACUCAAAAUGUGACAAGUAGGAAAAUCUCUGAUGGGUAAAACAUCCAGAAUAGGACAAGAGGAAGAUUUUUUUUUUAUUUAACUCUGGUGCUUAUAACUCUAACAAAUUAUGUAAAAAAAAAAUGCAGCAGCAUGUCUCCACCUCUAAACAAAAACACAAAAUUCUUAGACUAAAGAAUCUGCAGGGUAGAUUUAAUGUUAUCACAAGAUCUCAGGUUGAUUCCAUCAGGGCCAUGUCUCACUUGUCAAUUCAGUAUUUUAAGAAACCUGCUGCCCCCCAAAUCUUCUUCCACCAGGGAGUAGGGAUUGUUAAAGAUUAAAGUUGUUGACAUACAACAGCAACCAGGUACAUGUAAGCCAUAAUAUUUAAAUUUUGUCAGAGUAAGCAAAGAAUCAUCCAAACGGACGUCAACAUUAUAAGCAGUUUACUUCACAGAAAACCUCAGGUGUGUAUGUGUGCAUGUGUGUUCAUGUGUGACUGAGAGCAUUUUCCAAUCAUACACAGAGUAAUGUAGAGAUGUGAUGUUUCCGUUAUUACUGCCAUAACCCACAGCAUUUAUGCAGAAGUCCAAUUAUAAGUAUCUUAAAAAUUCACAUAAAAUAGGUUUUGUAGCAAAACAAUUAAAACCCUAUUUAAAAGAUUGGUCUAAAGUGCAUGGGGCAAGUGCAUUUUUUGCAAGUUAAACAGUGCAUAAUAUGGCGCAAAGUGAGGCACAAGGAAAGUUGCAUUUAGUCUCCUGAUUAUUCAUAGGUGUGUUUUGGAGUAACAUGAAUUAAACCAAUCAGAAAGUCAUCUCAGAUUCCCUUUAAAAACCAGGUGCAGUGGCGCAUUUCUAUCUAAAUGGAAAAUACUGCGCCACUGACUUUAGACCAGGUUUUUGUUCGUCAAUGGCACAAUCACUUUCUACUCAAUCUAGACAGGAAUGUGCCAAAAAUGCGCCUGACUACACAAUUUUUGGACCAACAUGCCUAUGGGCGUACAGAUGGGCGCAAGUACUUAGGUCAGAAAUACAGCCGCUGUUAACUACGCGCUCACAUACAUAUGAUGGCUACCUCGCCUGUCCUAUGCCUGUUUGGAGUGUCGGUUGUGCAGGUCAUCAGAAAUUAACAAAACGUGUCCGUAAAAUGCAAUCCACAUAUGGUAGUGGAUGGUAUAGGAGCAGUACUCACCAUUGUCAUGUCAUGCUUGAUUAAAGUGCCCUGCAUAUUAUUUAUGAUGGCGCUGCUGUAACUUUUUCUGCCGUGAUCUCAGAAUUUAAAAUAUAUUAAUCUCCUGGAGUGUUGCCAUGUUUUGCCAUCUUGUUUAUAUCCUGCAAAUCUGGUACUUCUAUACAGUCUGACUCCUUGGGUGUGCCCUCUAGUGGAAUCAUCCAGUAACGCACAAUGUAUACAGGCACAUGUGAACAAUUACAUUUUAUGUGAACGUGUGGUUAAAAAAACUGCAUCAAUCUGAAAUUAGCAGUAACAGUUGUGCUGUGCGCAACUUUACACGGGGUGUAAGAUGAGGCCCCUAAUGUUUUCAAAAAUGCACCCAAAGACUUCUGUCGGACGAUAGGACAUUGAUGCCGGUUCAAACUGACCAAUAACUGAGGUUGCAACCGUCCACCUAAAUUACCAACAAAACAAAAGCUUUAUCUUUACAAAAUGUGACCUGCCUGUUGAAGUGCAGGACGAUAGUUUCAAAUAAUGCGUGUUCAUGUGUGCUGUAUCUAAUGAGUGAUGUAAUACAUGGAUUUUGUAAAAUAAAUACUUAUAAUUUGUUUUUUCAUUGAGACUAUACAGCUUUUUUUCUUUCUUUUUGUAAUGCAAGAUGUAUAAAAUAGUAAUUUUAUGUGUACUGAAGACAAUGUGAGUCUCACUGAGCUCUUCAAUAGUAGUAAGGGAAAAUAUUCUCCAUCACAGUUGUUCUUCAUGGCACCAAACACUGCAGUGCUACUGCAACGUUUCUUUGAGAUGAAGCUAGUGAUAAAGGACUGCAUGUUUCUGAUCAUAUGGAGACAUUCAGAAAGAGAAUCAACAGAUCGUACAUAACCAUCAAGGCAACACAUCAGCAGCUCUGAAAUGAAAUGGGUCUUUAGUACCAGAUGUAAAGCCAUCAAGUACAAGAAGUUGAUUCAAGUGUUAAAUAAUCAACACUGAUGCCAAACUGAUGUUUUCAGAAAUAUCCUUUUGUGAUAUAAUAGAAUACAUUCACUCAAAGAUGCACACAGUUAAUAUUUUUGCACAUCGCCAGCCACAUACUAUUGUCGUAGUAUUUAAAUAUCACAUAACCAAGAUAUUUCCUAAUAAAAUGUUUUCCUGUUUUCUCUAUCGAUUUCUUAAACUUGUUUCUUUUCUUGAAUUUGAGUUGGUGCAAUAGAAAAGCCAUGGAAGAGGUCAGAAAGCUCUCCGUAUAAGCAUGGGAGUAAGUCAUUGUAUUUUAAAAAAGACCAAAGAUAUUACAUCACAUUCGGAUAAAAAAACAAACAAAGAUUGAUUCAUAAAAACUCUAUUAAGGUCAUUGAUGUAAAAUAAUGUAUAUUCACUUUGUAUUUUGUGAUAGAAAACAUUUGAUGAUCUCAAAUGACAGUUGAAGCUGGAACCAUCUUAUCUCUGUUACAUUUUGUUGUUGUUUUUUAACUGAUGUCUUUUUUAUAAACACAAUCUUUUUUUAGUGUGCAAAUAACUUGUGUUCAUGUUCAGGGAUUCAGACACCUCAUGAGUUUUAUUUCAAUUGGAUAUAUACCAAAAUAGCUUUCUCACACACACACACACACACACACACACACAC